AUGGAGACCAACAGACCCUAUACCACUGAAAGUCGUAUCAAUUCCGUGGACAGACCAGGCAAGCUUGACACCACGACCUCGAAUGUUCAUCAUAUUGCUUCAUCCAGCUCCACAGCUGGAUUUUUCCAAAGCCCUCCGCAGGUCCUCAACCAGUAUGAAGACGAUACGGCUCUACGGCGCGCGAUGAAGCUCUUCCUACCACACGGAGUGCAAGAGGCAUUAAAAGCCGAUCUCUCUGCUUUUGGUGAACGUGUGCUCACUCGUCAGACGCUUGGCUGGGUUCUUGAGGCUGAACGCAAUCUUCCUUACGUCAAAUCGUGGGACACCUGGGGCAAGCGUCGUGAUGAGCUCAUCACUAGUGACGGCUGGAAGAAUUUGCAGCGGAUGGGAAUUGAAGCAGGUAUCGUUGCUAUCCCAUAUGAAAAUUCCUUUCAGGAGUUCUCGAGGAUCUACUGGUGCACCAAAUACAUCCUAUGGUGUGGAAGUAGUGCGUGGGUCAACUGUCCGAGUCUCAUCGUUGACGGGGUCGCGAGCUUGUUUCGCGAACAUCUGAGUGAUAACACCCUUGGAGAUGAGAGACAGGUCCUACAGGAUGCGUAUACCAGAUUGGUAUCAAGAGACGGCGAAAAAGCGUGGACGUCAGGUCAAUGGAUGACAGAACGACAAGGCGGAAGUGAUGUGAGCAUGACCGAGACUGUUGCAACAUAUGCACCAAACUGUCAAUCAAAUGAAGAAGAAGACGCGCAUGGAAACCCGCUUGGUCCGUGGUGUUUAGAUGGAUUCAAAUGGUUCAGUAGCGCCACGGACGCGAACGUGGCUAUUCUCCUUGCUCGGACUCAGAAAGGAAUCAGUCUGUUUUACGCACCGAUGAGACGAGCGUUGAAGGAAAAGGACGCCAUGGGUUUUGGGACUGCGUCGAACGGGGUUUAUAUUCAAAGGCUGAAAAAUAAACUCGGAACGAAAGCUUUACCAACGGCAGAACUCGAGAUCAAAGGGAUGCGGGGUUGGUUGGUCGGCGAAGAAGGGAGAGGAACGAAGGAGAUUGCUACGGUUCUGAAUGUUGCAAGACUUCACAACGCAGCGACGGCUGUUGGACUCUGGGGGAGAGGCCUUGGGAUUGUCAGAGCUUUUGCUCGUGUUCGAGUGGUGGGUCGAAGACCACUGUAUGAGAGAGCAGGCUUUAUGCGGAACCUUGCCCGGAUGCACACUGAAUAUCGUGCCAACGUUCUGUUUACUUUCUUCGUCUCUGGACUGCUUGGUUGUGCGGAGCAAGAAAAAAUCGCAAAAAUGGCUGGUGAGCAAGGGAAAGGAGUGAAUAAGAUGGGAAAAUUACCGAACGUGACAGACACCCCGAUGGCAGUUUGGCUCUUACGGAUUUUCACACCUCUCCUCAAAGGGCACUGUGCAAAGACUGGAAUCACCGGUCUCCAAGAAUGCAUGGAGUGUUUGGGUGGAGUCGGCUACCUUGAAAACGACGAUAUGCAGUUCAACAUCGCCCGACUCUAUCGUGAUGCAAACAUUGUACCCAUCUGGGAAGGGACUACUGAUGUGAGUUUGCGGUAUAAUCUCGUCAAUCUCUGUACCGAUACUUACAAAGGUGCUGUCCAGAUGAUGGCUGACGACGCCAUUUUACGCGUCUUGUAUGGCAAGAAUCGAACAGAGGUAAUGAGAGCCUUGUCCAAAUGGGUUACCGAAGUGUUGGAACAAAAUGCCAGCCAGGGGUCUGACAUCAAAACUGUGGCGAGUUGGUGGACAGACUUUAAGCAGACAUUGAUCGAUCUCCCAAAGUCAGACAUUGAGAGGCAUGCUCGCGACAUCAUGUCAAGGCUUGUUGACAUUGUGCAAGGCUUGCUUCUAAUCAUCGACGCAGCAACAGAUGGAAAUGAUGUGGCACAGUUGGUAAAGGAGUGUUGGUUUGCCGACAAGUGUGAGGGUAUGAGUCUCAAGCCGUCUAGUAGGAGGAGUUCCACCAAUUUACAGACCUCAGACAUGAGGAUUGUCUUCCGGCAGGCCAAGCUUGAUUCGCUCGGCGCAAAAAUAUAG